AUGCUGGACGACAGAUUAAGACUUCAGGGAAGCAAUUUCACAGAUGUCCAGACACUUGAACGUCUCAAGAAACCGUCCUCAGCAGCAUCCCGAGAUGAACAACCAGAGGGGGAAUCACAGGAGGAUACACAGGCCAACCCUAACACACAACAAGGACUGGAGCAAUUGAGACAGACAAAUGAUGAGGCUUCUCUUCCAGUGGGGAAAUUCGUGCCUACUUCAAAAGAAGUGGUGGUUGAUGAACAACAAACUCAACCACAAGCACAUGGAACAAAUAUCUCCACAACAGAAAAGAAGAGAUCCCAUCAGGAUUCCACCGGCAGGGAUUCAGGUGUGACAUCCACCUAUACCAAAAGGUCGAGAAGCACUGGUACCAAGAAAAGGAAAGUAUUCAAAGACCCAACUAUCCGACACUUUAACCUGGGUAUCUUCUCCAAUGAGGAAGACAGUUACGAGACAACCCAGGAGAAGAACACUGAGGAAGAUAUUACAGGAAGUGUUGAUUUGGAUAAAGAUGUCAAUGAGACUAUAGAAGCAGAAGAAUAUCCAGUACCAUCUGCACUCCAUGAAACAAAGAAUCCCACUCCUUCCAUCGAUGAAAUCAUAAGAAGGGCCAGUGCACCAGCUUCAAAAUCAUUAGCUGAUACCAAAAAACUAGAGAUGAUUGCCGCUGCUGCAGAACAAGUUGAGAAGAACUCAAAGGUGGUAGAAGCAGUCCCUUUAAGCAUAAUUCCACCCGAUUAG